GUGUUCUGAAGGAUUUAUUUCCUACAGGCCGCCAAGCAAAGCCUAUUCUCUAAAGUAGGAGAAAAUGGCGGUGCCGUUGCUUACAAAGAAGAUCGUGAAGAAGCGGGUCAAGAAGUUUAAGAGGCCCCAGAGCGACCGCAAGAUCUCUGUCAAGACAAACUGGCACAGGCCAAAGGGUAUUGAUUCUCGCGUGAGAAGAAAGUUUAAAGGAUGCACACUGAUGCCCAAUGUUGGCUAUGGUUCAGACAAGAAGACUUGUCAUUAUCUACCCAACGGCUUCAAGAAAUUUGUUGUGCACAAUGUCAAGGAGCUAGAGCUGCUGAUGAUGCACAACAGGACGUAUUGUGCUGAGAUUGCACACAAUGUCUCCACAAGGAAGAGGAAAGAAAUUGUGGAGAGAGCCGCCCAACUUGAUGUUGUUGUGACCAACAAGCUUGCUAGGUUGCGCAGCUAGGAAGAUGAAUGAGUUUGAAACCCUUGUGUUUUUGUAGUGAUCCUUAAUAGUCUGUAUUUAGACAUGGUUUUCAUUAUGAGCCUCAAGUGGGUCGACACUUCUUGUUCAAUCCAUGCUAGCUGACUUAUUCAUUUGUGUUUCAUACUGACAAGAUUUUUCCCAA